UAGGAGACAACUCGUAUGGACAGUUAGGUCAAGGUGAUUACAAACGCCAUGAAGGUCCAUGCCGUGUUCGGAGUAAUUUAUCUGGUGAUAAAGUUUUACAAGCGGCGUGUGGAGAUGGAUAUACUAUUGUUUGUACUGCAAGUGAGUGGACUUUGUUUGAUUGUCAUUUUGUCCAUCUCUCUGCCAUUUUCUUUGAUUGCCUGUCUGUCCGUCUCUCCGUCCGUCUCUCUAUCAACGUAGUAAAACAAUUUAGACAGUCACACCUCUCUAUGCGGACACCUUUCUAUUAUGGAUACCUAUGCGUAAUGCAUGCACCUCGGACACUUCUCUAAUACGGACACCUCUCUAAUACGGACACCUCUCUAAUAUGGACACUUCUCUAAUACGGACACUUCUCUAAUACUGACACUUCUCUAAUAUGGACACUUCUCUAAUAUGGACACCUCUCUAAUAUGGACACUUCUCUAAUACGGACACCUCUCUAAUAUGGACACCUCUCUAAUACGGACACCUCUCUAAUACGGACACCUCUCUAAUACGGACACCUCUCUAAUACAGAGAACUUUCUAAUAUGGACAUCUCUCUAAUGCGGACACCUCUCUAAUACGGACACUUCUCUAAUACUGACACCUCUCUAAUACGGACACCUCUCUAAUACGGACACCUCUCUAAUACGGACACCUCUCUAAUAUGGACACCUCUCUAAUACGGACACCUCUCUAAUAUGGACACUUCUCUAAUACGGACACCUCUCUAAUAUGGACACCUCUCUAAUACGGACACCUCUCUAAUGCGGACACCUCUCUAAUAUGGACAUCUCUCUAAUGCGGACACCUCUCUAAUACGGACACCUCUCUAAUACGGACACCUCUCUAAUACUGACACCUCUCUAAUACGGACACUUCUCUAAUACGGACACUUCUCUAAUACUGACACCUCUCUAAUACGGACAUCUCUCUAAUACUGACACCUCUCUAAUACUGACACCUCUCUAAUACGGACACCUCUCUAAUACGGUCAAUUCUCUAAUACUGACACCUCUCUAAUACGGACACUUCUCUUAUACUGACACCUCUCUAAUACGGACAUCUCUCUAAUACUGACACCUCUCUAAUACUGACACCUCUCUAAUACGGACACUUCUCUAAUACUGACACCUCUCUAAUACGGACACCUCUCUAAUACGGACACCUCUCUAAUACUGACACCUCUCUAAUACUGACACCUCUCUAAUACGGACACCUCUCUAAUAUGGACACUUCACUAAUAUGGACACUUCUCUAAUACUGACACCUCUCUAAUACUGACACCUCUCUAAUACUGACACCUCUCUAAUACUGACACCUCUCUAAUACGGACACCUCUCUAAUACGGACACCUCUCUAAUACGGACACCUCUCUAAUACGGACACCUCUCUAAUAUGGACACUUCUCUAAUACGGACACCUCUCUAAUACGGACACUUCUCUAAUACUGACACCUCUCUAAUGCUGACACCUCUCUAAUACGGACAUCUCUCUAAUACUGACAUCUCUCUAAUGCGGACACCUCUCUAAUACGGACACCUCUCUAAUACUGACACCUCUCUAAUACGGACACCUCUCUAAUACGGACAUCUCUCUAAUACUGACAUCUCUCUAAUACUGACACCUCUCUAAUACGUACACCUCUAUAAUACGGACACCUCUCUAAUACUGACACUUCUGUAAUACGGACACCUCUCUAAUAUGGACACUUCUCUAAUAUGGACACUUCUCUAAUAUGGACACUUCUCUAAUACGGACACCUCUCCUGAAACGCACACCUCUCUAUUACUGACAUUUUCUAUUCACGGAAACCUCUCUAAUGCGUCUCUGUUACGGACACCCACAUCUCUGUUGCAUUUCAUUACAGAAAAUCGAGUAUAUUCAUGGGGUCGAGGUGAUAAUGGGUCACUAGGGAUACCUAUAGCUUAUAUUACAAAAAAGACAAAGGAUGAUAUACCAGUGACGUCAUUACCCAAGCCUAUAUUUGGCUCACUUCAUGCAGUCAUCAGCUUGGCAUGUCGGUAUUGGCAUACCAUUAUCGUCGCAG